AUGGUUCGCAAAGACCCUAUCUUCGAAGCCCGCACAAAUGUCAAGCUACACUCCAACCGACUAAAGAAAGAAGCCAUCCGGGCCGAGGCGACCUUCAAAUCCGAAAAGGCCAAAGCCGACAAGGCGAUGAAAAACCGCGAGUUCCAAAUCGCCCGCAUCCACGCCGCCUCCGCCGUGCGAGAGAAGCGACGCCAAGUAACGCUCAAAUCCGAAGCCGCACGCGCCGAUGUCAUCAUCAAUGAACUCAAGGCCGCCCAGAGCACGCGCGACACAUCCCGCACGCUCGCUAUGGCGUCGCGGGGCCUGGACGCUGCCUCGCGGAGCGUCAACCUCGAACACCUCGUCUCGCACGCUAACAACUUCCUCGCCCGGUCGGAGGACUUCAAGAUCGCGAGUAGUGCGAUCGAGGAUGUCGCACAGGGUAUAUCGAUGCAGGAAUACGGUGCGGAGGGCGAGGCUGAUGUGGAUCGGCUUAUGGAACAGCUGGCUGAUGAUGCGGGUGUUGAUAUGCGCUUGAACCUUGAGGCGGAUGCUGCGCCUAAGGAGGAGGUUAAGGAGCCUAAGCAGGUGGAUGCCGAGGCCGAGGAUGGUUUAGGUGCCAGGCUACGGGCUUUACGGGCUGCUAAUUGA